CAGAUUUGAGUGGCAUUUGUGGCCGUCAAGCCGUGUUCAUCCCACCUCCACACAUCACACCAGAAUAAAAACAUUUCAUCGGCUCCUUUCUUUACUACGUUUACGUCCGUACAUUGUGAAUCCCCCGUUCAUCCACGUGCUUGAGCUGUCAACCCGAAGGAUCCACAAAAUCUCGGCGGUGAAACCGAUUGAGCAAGACGGGUCCGACGUGAGCCGUGUAUGGUGCUGCGAACGAUCGGUGCCCGUAUAGCCGUGUGUUUUCCCUCCCGUUCUUCUAUCAGGACAUGGACGAUCAACAAAGGUCCCUAAUGCAACACCAGGGAGCCCUAGUGCCUAGCAUGCACUCGGUAUCGGCCGGCCAUGUGGUGCAUUCGCCCCACCACCAACAAUCCAUGGCGAGCCUGUCGAAUCUGCACCACGGCAUGCAGCCGCCACCCGUCACCAGCCACGGCACGGUGGACCAGCAGCAGCAGGGACAACAUGCCGGGGAGCUCACGCACUCGCAGGAAGCAAGAAAGCAGGAAAUCGGAGAUAUUCUACAGCAAAUCAUGACCAUCACGGAUCAGAGUUUAGACGAGGCCCAAGCAAGAAAACACGCACUCAACUGUCAUCGGAUGAAGCCUGCUCUAUUCAGCGUGCUCUGUGAGAUCAAGGAGAAGACAGUUCUAAGUAUUCGAGGGGCACAAGAGGAGGAACCGCCGGACCCUCAGCUGAUGAGGCUAGACAACAUGCUUAUAGCUGAGGGCGUGGCUGGGCCAGAGAAGGGCGGGGGCUCGGCGGCGGCUGCAGCCGCGGCGGCUGCCUCAGGAGGCGGCCCAGGACAACCAGACAAUGCCAUCGAGCACUCAGACUACCGAGCAAAGCUGGCACAGAUCAGACAGAUCUACCACACAGAGCUUGAGAAAUACGAGCAGCAGGCCUGCAACGAGUUCACAACGCACGUCAUGAACCUCCUGCGGGAGCAGAGUAGGACGCGGCCCAUCGCGCCCAAGGAAAUUGAGCGCAUGGUCAGCAUCAUUCACAGAAAGUUCAAUGCCAUCCAGGUUCAGCUAAAGCAGAGCACAUGUGAGGCAGUCAUGAUACUCAGAUCCAGGUUUCUCGAUGCAAGGAGGAAAAGGAGAAAUUUUAGCAAGCAAGCAACAGAGAUCUUAAACGAAUAUUUCUACUCCCAUUUGAGCAACCCUUACCCUAGUGAAGAAGCAAAAGAGGAGUUGGCACGGAAGUGUGCGAUAACGGUGGCACAGGUUUCAAAUUGGUUCGGCAACAAGAGAAUUCGCUACAAGAAGAACAUCGGCAAAGCACAGGAGGAGGCAAAUCUCUAUGCAGCCAAGAAUGCAGCAGCAGCUGUCUCUGUAGCAACGUCGCAGCAUGACGGCAACCAGAGCCAACCACCCUCAGCACCCAGCACACCCACAGGCAACGGUAGCAAUCCUGGUUCAGGGGGCUACAUGUCAUCCCAGAGCCAAAUGGUCAGCCAAGAGGGUUCCUUCAUGAACCUGCAGAAUGGAGACAGCUACAACAUGGCCAACCAAGUGGGGGCCAACGUCCAGUCACAGGUAGCUAGCCUGAGGCAGGUCAUAUCUCAGACAGGGGGCUACGGUGGGGAUUCCCUACCCCCGCACAGCCAGCCUCACUCCAUGUAUGACCCCAGCAUGACCCAGUAUGCCAGCCAGCAUGUGUCCGGUCGAGCCAGCGGGGGCGAGGUAGUGGGCGCAUCGUGACGGUCGCCAGGGGGGACACAGCCAUGAGUCUGUUGGGGAAAAUGUGCCACCGAUAUUUCAUCACUUUGAACUGUUGCGAUUUUGUUUUCUUUCUUAUUUUAAAGAAAUUAAUCACUUCACCAAAAAAAAGAAAACAAAAAACCACAAUGGACUAUCUACAUUUCUACCGCUGCAUUGCCUGUUGCUAAAUGGUGUCGACUACUUACGUGUUCUGUAAAGUGCUACACUUCAUUCUGCCAACUUCCAUGUUUCCACAUUGAAUCUUUCCUGAUGACUAAUCCCCCAGAACUCUCUAGCUCGUGGUUUCAUUUGAAAUGGGAAUGCUGUGCAGUCCUGAAACCAUCUGAAGUCUACCAGAUCCUGCUCGGAACAGUGUGUUUGAAAAUCAACUGAAAUCAGGAACUGUAGUGUUAGACAAAUCGUUUGCGGAGGACUGGCACCAUUUUGUUGAGAAACACUAUUGAGCGACAAGCAGAGAGCGACAAGCAGCCAAAGAGCAAGUUUUGAGGACCACGCCCCCCCUCCAAGGGACCUUUCCCAGAUUAUACGACUUGCUGGUCCAGACGGGAUGGAGAGGACAUCACUGUCUCUCGUAUCUUGCCUGCUUGUGUGCACCUAGUCAGCACUUAACAAUAAAAGUCUCACAGCCUCCUCGUACCCUCUGUUGUUCUCAAGUAAGCAUGUGAUUACGGCAUUGUUUUUUGCCAGGACUAAAUCUGGAAGAAAGAAACCAGAGGACUGGUGUUUUGUGGUACAUGCAAACUGCAUUUCUUGAAAUCGCCCACACUGGUGCAGUGGUGAUUUAUUCAGCACAGUUUGAACAUUGAAAAGAUGGAAAACUUAAAAGGCUUUCAGUUUUACAAGUCAUCUGUGACAUUUUUCGCCAAAUUCCCCCUCCUCUCAUUUUAAACAUUGACACCAUGUCAAGGAACAUUAAUGCACACCAGGUGUUACCAAGUUGUAUUGGUAAAUGCCUAGGUUUUUUUCUACAUGAAGUUAACCCACUCUUUGCUUUGAAAAAAAUUGCCAAGUAUGAAGUAUAUAUUUUCUUGUUAAAGAUUCAACAACUAACGUAACCGCUCAGUGUGUCAAACUGAACACAAAAUGUUUCACCCCAGCCAUAGCAUGGCUGUGCAUGAGUGUGUUUGACAUGUAAGUAUGCAUCAUAAUAACAAGAAGGUUGUCAUUAUUUCAGAUUUUUGGUGAAGUGAUUGUAUUCAGUAUCGAUAAUCGAUAUCUUAUUGAAACCUGUGUAUUCCACCUGUUUUUCAGCUUAUUUUUAUUUUUUAAAAUGUGCCAUUAUUUUUUAAUUUAAAUGUUGAUACUCUUGUUAAUAUUGGAGACAAAAAGUAUGGAUGUGUCAAAACUAUGCUUGCAUGUUAAAGAUGUGGGCAUUUUUUAAGUUGAACUUUUCAGAAAUUUUCAACUGGUUUUUGUGAUUAUAUUUUCAUUUUGUCAUAUUUAAUACCCUUAGUUUGUGAGCUUUAGGUGAUCUUUGGUUUCUGUGUAAUACUAUACUCUAUUUUCCCUCAGAUGGGGGGAGUUGAAGCUGAAAAUGAAGUUCCUAGUUAAAUCUCUUUAAUGAAAAUAACACGACUGUAAAUACAGACUUUUUAUGGAAAGGAAAAAAGCAUUUCUUGAAAUAAUUGCCUUCCAGAUGAGGAUUCUACUCAGAGUGUCAAAGAAAAAAGGGAAAUUCUCAAGAGAGGGGGAGGAGCUUCAUUCAGAAUUAAGUGGGAGGUCAAGAUGGCAAUCAUGGCAUUGUAAUGAGUUUGUUGACUUCUUGAGCAUAGGAUCUGCAAACUAUUUUUCCUUAAUUCCAAACAAAACCUUUCUUUCAUGAGGAAUUAUUCUUAAGAUUAUGGUUUUUCAAAUAAAUCUUCAAAACUCCUUCAGAAGUAUUCAGUAGUAAUAUGAAAUUUUCACAACACAGAUGUUUAUAAGAAAUAGUCCACAGCUAGAAACAAUUACUCCCCUCCCCCUUCAUUUCAGACCAGUUGUUGGAAGAGAAGUCUUGGACCCAGACACACUGGUUGAAAUAUAGAUGUGGGAACAGGUUAUAGCUGGCAACAGAUAGACUGAGCAUACCCAGCAUUCUAAUAAAGGGAACUAAUUCACUUUCCCCAUAGAGUGACCAUUUUCUGUCAGUCACGCACUCAACUAUGAAUUCAACAAGAAAUUCAGAUGUUUUUCCAACUAUUACAGAAAACUUGCAGGACUAAAUGAAAUGUACCAGUUGUUAUUAAAUGCUACGCAACCUAUCUGGUAUUUUAGUGAAGGUUUAAAGUAGACAUGUUGGCUAUUCUUCAACAAUUUUAUGGUAAAUAUUUGGAGGCAACCUGACGAUUAUUUUAAUCACUGUACAUUGGCUUUUGUUUUAAUUUGCAACUUGAAAGGAAUUGGCUGUGAAAGUAAUGCAUGCAGGCAUGCUGUGUUUGUGUGGUAAGGGUUAACAUGGAGAGAGGAAACAGUUGAGAAGAUGGUCUAUUCACAGAUUUCUAGGAUUACCCAAUUGUUUACUCUACUUUUUUGGACUUCAUGCUCAUGUCAAUGAGUGUAACUUAAGUGAUACAGAGUAUGACUUUUUCAUUUAUCCAAUGGUGACCUUAUUACAGUUCUAGUACCAGUGCCAAGCUUUGAGAUGCUAAAUACAUGUUUGCUGUUCUUCUCAUGCAAGGCUGUGAACGUAUGGUCCACGGCUUCAAGUUACAGCUUGAAACCAAACACAAAGCUUCGACAAUGACUCCAAAACAAAUAACGGCUUGUUUUAUUUCUUCGUGUUCUUGGAUAACCAUUUAUCAAACAGAAAAAAAAUUAACAAAGCAUAUUUAAAAGCAGUUUUAAGAGUUUUUAAAAUGUCCCUGACAAAAAAAAAAGUGUUUACAAAAGAGGAAGGUUUCAUUUGCCUAGCUGUGGAGUUUUACAUGCAUCUUAUAAAUGAAACAUUCUGCACACCUUGAAUCACGGUCUAAUUGGAGCAAAUCUCUGAGCCAGAAAGUAAUGGAGCAUAAAUGUCUCUUCGCAUGGAGCGCUUUGUGGAUCAUGAGUUAUGCAAGCAAGUAAAGCCACUUCCUAUUGGUUGAAAUACUGAAAUACUUUUUUUAUACUGAAAAGUAGGAAUGCUCUGAUUGGACAAGAGAUGGUAGUCCCUCAUGGCACACAGGGGAGGGCUAUUUUAGUAGAAUGACAUCUCAUUCGAAAUCACUGUACAUAUAAGGGAAAGAAAAUUAAUAUGUGAAGCGAAAAGCUAAAAUCAUGUGCGGUUGUAAUGCCCUAAUUAGUGCAAAAGAGAGAGCUGUUGUUUAAACUAAAAAAAAAGGACGACUUUUGAGUGAAUUGUUUCAGCAUUAUCAAACAUGCUGCAAUUUAUCUGUGUUAUGUCUCCAUCUUGUUUACCAUUGGGAUGUUUCAGCCCUCACAGGCCAGCUACAACAUUGGUAAUUUCCUGACUUCAGGCGGAGAAAGCUCUCCAAGCUCAGAUGCCACAAUUGGAAAGCUCCCAUUGAAGCUAACCAAGCUGGUCGAGGAAGUCUUAAAGUCUCACCUGUCAUAAAUCAAUGCUGUAAUUGGCCAGCUGGCUGUAAAUCUUUGCCAGUGAAUCAGAGCUCACCUGUGCAUCUACCCUGUGAACUCAUACAUGUGCAAAAAGUUCAGAUACAUGUAUUAUUUAUGAUCUCUGCAUACUCAUUGAAGCAUGUACAUUUAGACCAAAAAAAAAAGAAAUCAAAAAUUUGUUGGUCAUUUAAGGUGAUUUCAAGAAAAUGCAGCAUAAAAAAUAUCAGUUUGAGCUUUGGAUUAUCAACGGACUCUGUCUGUGCAUUUUUAAUCAUGGUUGUCAUCUGAGAUACCCAGAGCUGAGAUUUGAUUACUAUGGUUUUUUGGGGGGGGUUGGUUUUUUUAUCUCUCCCACUGUACAAAAUGUUGUGCAUUGCCAUAGUUUUGAAAUAGACACUGUAGAUUUUACGGUCUUGCAAUUUGUGUGGUUUUUUUGGCUUGCGUUUUCUUAUCUACUUUUUUUAAAGUGUAGAUCUCUGUUUUCUUUGAUUUUAAGAUGUUGCCCGGAUUUACUGUAAAUUUUCUUUGGGGGGGGGACGUAAGAAUUUGAUAUGAUGUUCAGUUUGCCUGGAUCAACAGCAGUGGUCAGUGGUAUCCAAAAUGCCAAGAUUUCAAUUUUUUUGCAUGUACAUUUUAUUUAUUUAAUUUCGUUUUUUAAAUCCUGUUUCUUGACUGAUAUGACCUCUGUCAUUUGUAACAUCUAUUACAAUUCACUGUUGAGCACAAAUAACUUCCACGAACAGCCACUCUGUGAAGAAAGCGUUGUAGAUUGAACAGCACUUCACGUCUGACCACUCUAACACGGAGGGUAAAAUUUGACAUCAAAAAAUUGUGGAGGCAUCAGCUAUGAAGCUGCUGUUGGUUAAAGUUAGGUGAGAAGGCACAUACAAAGAGUUAUCCAGUUCGAUUAGGGCAAAGUCAAGAGAUAAAUGAUCAGGAAACUUGCAGAUGCGCCACCACAAUUUCACCCCUACUGGUACAUGCUUGUUUCUCGCCCUCUGACUGGUGUUGCUUUAUUUUUGUGAUAAAAAUUUGAAGCCUUAUUCCAAAACAACAUAGACCUUAGUCGUGUGGUAAAUUUGAUGGAAUGCAGCAUUUAUGGAACGUUGAGCAUUUCCCCAAGAAAAUAAUGGGGGGUGCAAUGCUAAUUUCAUUUUUGUUGGAUUCGUUCCCUCUGAAGAGAAAUGGACCUUACUAGAAAGAGUAUUCUAUAUCUCAUCAUAAAAUUGGAAAGUGUCAAGAAACCAAAGAAACUUUAUCAACAGUGAUGUCUACCACAAGCACAGCAGCUUUUUCUAGCCUGGUUUAUUGAUACUUUCAGUUUCUUGUGUUGCAAAUUAAUCGAGUAAAAUUUUGGAAAAAAAGUAUUCCAGGCUAAAUGUGUUCAUUAAUUAAAAUAUGGUGUCUUUUUCUUGACCAUGUGUAAAAAGAAAACAUUUUUUUUUUUUUAAUUCAUGGGUGCUAUGCACGUGUAAUUAAUCAGAGUGUAUGUAGAAAUCUAAAGGUCGUAAAUUCAGUUUAAUUAAAAAUUAAAAAAAAAAACCUCACUCUAAUGUGAACACUUUUUGUAUACUGUACAGUCAUCGUAGAGCAGUCCUUAAUGGAGAUGCAAAGGGUUCAGAGUGCAAGGGUUAAAGGUAAAGUGUAGGUUAUAGUUCAUUUAAAUUUAAAAAUCACAUUGUAAAUAGUAAUAAAAAUCAUCAGAAGUUCUUUUAACCCUUGCACUCUUUCUGUGUAGUUUUUAGUCAAUAGGAAAAAUGUUGCUUGUAUGGUUGGGUUCUGAAGGGGGAAAAAGAAAAGGUUGAGUCAGGUGCCUGCAAUGAAGGAGUGCUGUCAAAAAGACUACACUCAAAGGAAUUAAGACCUCCCCCCACAAAAAAGUCAGCUAUACUAACCAUACAAACAACACUUUUAUGUGAUAUUUAGUUGAACUGUACAUUCACGUGUACCAGUUUUAUCAGUAAUAGCCUAGCGAUAUCAAUCUGCGUAGACAAACGCAGACUUUUAAAAAAAAGUGUAGAAAACAGCACCGAGUGUUGGUGUUGAGAAUAAUUUGAUGGUGUUAAAGCCUGUUCUUGGGGGGGAGGAGGGGCUGGUUUUGGCGGCCCAACUUGCUGUAAAUCACUGUAAUUAUUACCAUUGUCUUUGAGGAGACCACCUUACCUACCCCACUACAAAACAAAGAUGGUUUGUGAUAAUAAACACAUUGGUGGAAAUGAAA